GUUAAAUAUGCUGCUUUUCAGCUUCCGAGUCGUUCUUUUAACCCCUCAUGGCUUCCCUGUUGCAUCCGCCAUCAUUUGACACGACGCUGGGUGCUGUUCUCAUAGGAUUUUCUGUAUCAUGCGUUGCAUUUGGCGCCAUUCUUGUUCAAACUUUUCAUUACUUCACAAGAUUUCCUUCGGAUAGGUUGGCCUAUAAAAUUAUUGUUAUCACGUUAUUAGUGCUAGAGCUUUUGGACCAAAUUUUUAUCGGGCACACUCUUUAUUUUUACGCCAUAACAAACUUUGCGAACGUUCUCGUUAUUCUUCGCGCCUCAAUGACAUGGUCUUUUAUUAUGCAGCAAUUGCUGGGAUCUAUCUGUGGUACUGUGGUCAGAGUGUGCUUCGCCCUACGUGUCUGGCGAUUUAGCAAACACAACUGGCUUAUUACGACAUCUCUGAUGUUAUUAAAUUCCGGUGUUCUGGGCGCUGCGAUAGCCUUCAGUGUCAAAUCUUUUUCACUACCGAGCGUGUUCGCCGUAGCAGGACUCAGAGUACUAGGAACGGUGGCGUUGGGCUUAGGCGUUGUUACCGAUGUAUUGACUGCCGCAGCACUAUGUUACUUCCUCAAUAGAUUUCGUACAGGACACGCGAGGUCGGAUACACUCGUGAAUGGCCUGUUGAUAUACGCCAUCAACACGGGCGCGGUGACCAGUUUGGUCAGUACAGCUACUUUGACCUUGUACAAUGUUAUGCCUGGCAAUCUCAUCUUCGUAGCGGCAUAUUUCCUUCUAAGCAAGGUAUAUGCCAUUUCGUUUUUGGCAGCUUUGAACACACGCAAAGUCGUGCGUGGCCGGGGUACGACAGAUCGGAACACCAGUAUCAUUCCCUUUCAAGUGACCUCCCGGAUGCACGUCUCCGAGCCGACUUUGAUUGACGCACAAAUCAGCUCUCAUCCCGCGGAGUUUAUUAAGAGGGGCAUAAACAUGAGUGAUGAUUUUCUACGGAGUAGAGAAGUCAUUCCGAUGCAUAACAUUUCCCAUCAUCGAGAAUACGAUCUUCCAGGAAUGGCAGUGUAAAUGAAUCGUG